CAAAGGCGAGGCGGGAGCGGGAUGGGUUUUCCCGCCAACUUCUCUCAUCUCUCGCUUCGCAAGCUCCCCAAGACCAGAGCCGUCUACAAAGAUGUCACAGAACCAUCAAGAUACACCAUCGUUCCCGCAAUGCCCUCCCCAUAUCGCCGGCUAGACAAAGAGCCAUAUUUGCCACAUCGUACAACUGCUUCGCCGCUUGCCUCACUUGUUCGCCAGCUGAAGGAGAGUGCCACUUCUCGGUCUUCACCAACGCUGUCAUAUGCCCCUUUGCCCUUUCGUACGCGGACACUGGCUCGCGGUCCGCUUCCUUCUUUGUAGUCUCGGGCACAAUAGCGUUGCAUCUCAAGCCAGCCUUGCCAUGCUCAGAUGCGACGCU